AUGAUAAAUAAUAAAAUUUUAAUAGCAAUAUUAAUUUUAAUAUUAUUAAUUAAAUUAUCAAAUUCAUUAUGUAUACCAAUAUUAGGUGGUAUAUGUAUUUUGGAAGGACCAUUAUUACUUGAUGUUAGUCAAUUAUUUUCAAGUCUUGAUUUAAAAAGUAAUCCAUUAUCAAUUCUUGGAUCAAUAAUAACGAUAACUGGUAAAUUAACAUGUGAUUCAACUAUAUCAUUAUUAGGUGGUACAUUAGUAUUACAAGGUUUAAUUGAAAUUAAAGCUGGAUGUGUAUUUAAAAUUGGCAAUGAAACUGUAAUUGAAACUUCAUCAUCACUAUUGUCAAUGCCAUUGUUAUCAGUUGAAUUUUUAAAUUCAAAUGGUAAUUCAUCAUUAACAUUUAAAAGUUCAAAUAGUAAUUCAGCAUUGGAUUUACAAUUCUUUUCAUUAAAUGGUACAGAAACACCAAAAUUUAUAUUUAAUUCAAAUAAUGUUUCAAUUUCAACAUCGUUUUUACAUUUACCAAUUUCAAGAAUUGGUAAAGCUAUAGUUAAUAUGGGUAAUAAAAUUGGUAGUAAAUUAGAGAUUAGUAAUGAUUUUAAAUUUGAUAGUUUAUUAAUACAAAAUUCAAUCUCACAAUUAUUAUUACCCGAUCAAAUCGAUAUUAGUACAUUAACAUUAACAAAUGUUAACAAUGUAUUAGGUUUAUCAAAUUUAUCACCAACAAUUACAAAUUUAUAUACUCAAUUAAAUUUAAUACUUGAUUCAACAAAUAUAUCAUUUAAUAAAAAAGUUUUUUUAAAGUCAAUAAAUUCAAUUUCAAGUAAUUUAAAUUUUUUAAAUUCAAAUAUUAUAAUUGGUGUUAAUAAUGGUAAUAUAAUAAAUUCAAUGAUUCAAUUUAAUGGUAAUGAAAAUAAUCAAAUUUUAGAUUUAUUUGGUAAUUUAAAUUUAGUUUCAACAAUUUCACCAAUUAUAAAUUCAAUUCAACAAUUAGUUACAAGUUCAACCAAUAAUAAUAAUAAUGGUAUAAUUAGAUUAAAUAAUGGUUUAAUUAAUUCAAAUUUAAUAAUUGGUAAUGAUUCAAGUUUAAUUUAUAAAUUAAAUUGUCAAUUAAUCGGUGGUACAAUUGGUGGUACAAUUAAUUCAAUUGGUGGUUUAUUUUUACCAAAUCAAUUAAAUUUAUUAGAAAAAUUAAAUUUAAAUUUAAAAAGUUUAUUAAUUGAUUCUGGUCAAAUUUUAUUAAAUAAUUCAAUUUUAAAUAUUAAAGAUUCAAUUGGUUUCAAUAACAAUGUAAUUGGUACAAUGAAUUUAACAAAUAGUUUAUUAGAAUUAGGUGGUAACAUUUUUAAUAAUACUUCAAAUUCAUUUAAAGAUUUAUUAUUAAUAAAUGUUAAAUUAUCAGCAAAUAAUUUAAUUUUAAAUAUUGCAAAUAAUAUUAUUCUACCAAAUCGUAUUUCAUUAGGUAUUGGUUCAACUUUACACUUUGUAAAUGGUAUUGAAAAUGAUUUAAAAUUUCAAACAACUUUAGAUUUAAAUUUAUUAAAUUCAAUUUUAAAUACAAAUUUUGUUUUUGUAAUUUCAACAUCAUCUUUAAUAUUUUGUAAUGGUCAAUCACCACCAACUAUGAUACAAUUACAUGGUAGUUCAACUUCAACCUAUCAAUUUAUGUGUGAUAAUAAUAUGAUUGUAAUGAGAUUAACCAAUUGUUUUGGUGGUUAUAUUUGUCCUUCAAAUGAUCAAUGUGUAUCAAAUGAAUCACAAUGUUCAUCAAUUGAUGAUCAAUCGGCAGUAUUACCAGCUUGUAAUGUAAAUGAAAUUCGUUGUUUAUCAGGUUGUCAUUCAAAUAUUGAUUAUUGUAAUAAUACUCAAUGUAUAAGUGAGGGUGGUACAAUUGAAUGUUUAUCACCAACCACUGCCAAAAGUUUAAAAUAUAAUGGUUGUCCAUUUAAUUAUUUUCAAUGUGGUGAUGGUUCUUGUCAUUUAAAUAAAUUGGAUUGUUGUGUUGUUGGUAUAAAUUGUACUCAAUCUUUAUUGGUUUCAACAUUUGUUAAACCAGAAUUAUCGUACUCUCCAAUUCAUACUUUAAAAGAUAUGAAAGUUCCAAUCAUUUCAAAAUCGAAAUCAACUGGAAUUUUAGAUAUUUAUGGUUACGUUUCAAUGCCAAGUGGUUUCUUAACUAUAAAUUCACUAAGUAAAUUAAAAAUAACCUAUAAAGAUGAUUCUUAUUUAGAUUCAGUAAAUGGUGAUGAAAUUUGGGGUAUUGAUUCAAAUAUAUCUCAAUAUAGACAGUCUGCAAUUAGUAUGAUAUUCGAUAUUUCAAUCGAUACAAUUCCAAAUCCAAUUUUUAAUCAUAAUAUAACAUUUGAAUUAAAAGUUAAUAAUCUUCAACUUUUAAAUUUAUCAAAUUAUUGUCUUUACUAUAUUAAUACUACUCAAAAUAAAUGGAAUUGUGAAACUAGUUCAACUAUUUCAAUAUCUCCAAGAAAUACUUUGUUAGUUACAACUCCUCAUUUCACUGAUUUUGGUGUUUUACUUAAUAAUUAUAAACCUCAAACAACUCGUCCACCUGCUGGUGGUGGUACUUGGACAAAUCCAACAUUUACAACAACUGGUACUACAACUGGUACUACUACUGCAACUACAACUGCAACUACUACUGCAACUACAACUGCAACUACAACUGCAACAGGUAGUUCAAAUCCUACUACAACAACAACUACUAAUCAACAAACAACAACAACAACAAUUUCUCAAACCACCAAUGGAGGUGAUGGAUCAUCAAUUGAUACAACAACUGGGGGAUCAUCAAAUCCUACUACUACUGGUACUACAACUGCAACAACUUCAGGUACUACAACUGCUACAACUACUGCUACAACUACUGCAACAACAACUGCAACAACAACUGCAACAACAACUGCAACAACAACUGCAACAACAACUGCAACAACAACUGCAACAACAGGUGUAACAUUAACAGAAGAACCAAUAUCAGAUGAAGAAGAUAGUAAUAAAAAUACAAUUAUAAUGUCAACAACAAUAUCAGGUGGUGCAUUAGUUAUAGCUGGUGUAUCAUCUUAUUUUAUAAAUAAAAGAAUAAGACAUGGUCGUGUAGUAUAUUGGUGGAAACUUAGAAAACCACCUCCCUCUCAACUUGAAUUAAGUACAACUACAACAAAAGUUUAA